AUGCCCUCCAAUAUAAAACCCGAUACUGCUCCCGAUUUCGAGGCAGAGGCUGUCUUCGAUCCAGAGUUCAUCAAGGUCAAGCUCUCUGAAUACAUUGGGAAGAAAUAUAUGAUUCUCUUCUUCUACCCACUGGAUUUCACAUUUGUUUGUCCCACAGAGAUUACUCCUUUUAGUGACCGUUAUGAAGAAUUUGAGAAGUUAAACACAGAAAUACUAGGUGUUUCUAUUGACAGUGUUUUCUCUCACCUUGCCUGGGUUCAAACAGAGUCUGGUGGUCUUGGUGAUUUGAUACCACUUAUAUCUGAUGUCACCAAGUCAAUUUCAAAAUCUUAUAGAGUGCUGAUUCAUGAUCAGGGAAUUGCCUUGAGAGGACUUUUCAUUAUAGAUAAGGAGGGGGUUAUCCAGCACUCUACUAUUAACAACCUUGCAAUUGGGCGAAGUGUCGAUGAAACAAUGCGGACACUCCAGGCCUUACUGUACGUGCAGGAAAAUCCAGACGAAGUUUGCCCAGCUGGGUGGAAGCCUGGGGAGAAAUCCAUGAAACCAGACCCAAAACUCAGCAAAGAUUACUUCGCAGCAAUUUGA